UGAAAGCCCACACCACACAAAAGUAGACAACCACCGCGUUCAUCUCUUCUUUUGACUCCUGACGGCGUUUACCUCAUCUGUCUCUCUCCGACGACGUCCGCAGUCAACCCAUUUCCAGAUCGCCAUUUUUCCCGAACAUCAAGCAAAUUAGGGUUCUACGUACCAAACCUAAUCGGAAUAUAUCUCAAUUGUUUCAACAGACUGGAGUUUGAUGGCUUAAGUAGAUCUCUUUCUGUCUCUCAAUGCAUAACUUGUCCCAAUUUCUCGUUAUUAAUGGCGAUAGACGCAAAAAGAAGAAGACGCCAAGGAAGCCGAAGCUGGAGCGUAUGAAUGCAAAGAGGAACAUUGACUACGAGUUUUCCACGACUUCCACUUCGUCAUCCUCGGAGGAGCCUGCUUCAGUACGGUUACGGUCAGCAGCUAUUCGAGGUACUCGUUCACUUGAGUUACCCCCUUUAAGUGAUGGAACGAGUUUAAGGAUUGAUGGAAGUGAUGUUGGGCAACUUGAGAUCAUUUAUCGUAGAUUAGGGUUGGAAAGUCCCGAAGAUUUUGGGAUUCCCUUGUCAUCCUGGGAAGCUAGAAAGAUCCGGUCUACUUCCGAUCUUAUUCGCAGAUCUCCUUUGAAUUUCGAAACCGAUCAUGGCACGAAUGCGGUUGAACAUGAACAGCCAGCUGAAAAUGUUGAAAGUCGACGUGAUGAUAUUAUUAGGGUUACUUCUGCUGCCGUGGAACAAACAUCUGAUGCUGUUAGGGUUAGUGGCUCUAACAGAGCUGGGAACGGUAUUAAAGGUGUUCGGCCUCCACUUCUUUCUCCCCCCUCUCCUUCCAUUUCGAAACCCUUAAUGCAUCAUGAUGCUGGAUGCGAAUGGGAUAUCGUGAGAACUUUCCCUUCUCUUGAAGGUUCUUCUGCUCAUGUCAAUCAGCAAGGGUUUAGCUUGCAUGAGGAAGAAGAAGCUGACGUGGAGAAUGUUAGGACGAGGCUUGAAGGGGCUACACUUUCGGGGUCUUGUUCUUUCACAACUUCCAAUGAGGAUGAUUCAUCUAGUUCUACCACAGAGCCUGCAUCGAGUAUUUCGCCAAAUGGAUACGGAUCUAAUAUAUCCACCAAUGGAAGAUUCAGACACAUCGCUAUUACUCACUGGCAGAGGGGCGAGCUCCUGGGGCGUGGGUCAUUUGGAUCAGUCUACGAAGGCAUUUGCGAUGGUGGAUAUUUUAUUGCUGUGAAGGAAGUCUCUUUGCUUGACCAAGGGGAACAGGGAAGGCAAAGCGUUUUGCAACUUGAACAGGAAAUUGUUCUUUUAAGUCAGUUCGAACACGAGAACAUAGUUCGAUACUAUGGGACAGAUAAGGACGCAUCAAAGCUGUAUAUAUUUCUUGAGCUUGUAACAAAAGGUUCCCUUUUAAGUCUCUAUCGGAGGUACCAUCUUCAGGAUUGUCAAGUUUCCUCAUACACACGGCAGAUCUUACAUGGUCUGAAGUAUCUGCAUGAUCAGAGUGUGGUACACAGGGAUGUAAAAUGUGCAAACAUAUUGGUUGAUGCUAAUGGCUCGGUGAAACUUGCAGAUUUUGGGUUGGCCAAGGCUGCAAAGCUCAAUGAUGUGAAGUCUUGCAAGGGAACCGCAUUCUGGAUGGCUCCUGAGGUUGUUAAUAACAAAAAUAAUGGGUAUGGGCUUGCAGCAGACAUAUGGAGCCUUGGUUGCACCGUCUUGGAGAUGUUGACACGUCAGAUUCCGUACUCUCCGUUGGAAUGUAUGCCUGCAUUAUUCAGAAUUGGGCGUGGUCUUCCUCCACCUAUUCCGAAUUCUCUUUCGAGAGAAGCAAGGGAUUUUAUAUCCCAGUGUCUUCACGUUAAUCCAAGAGAUCGUCCAACUGCUACUCAGCUCUUAGACCAUCCAUUUGUUAGCAGGCCACUUCCGUCGUUCUCAGACUAUGUAUCUGGACACAGCAGGCUAGGCGUGAAGUAGAAUCAAACAAGGACAGAAUGAAGUAGAGUAUUAAAUACUUCAAUUUGUGGUCUUGUUGAAGUUUUUGUGGGAAGAGGCUUUUCUCGUUGCUCCUGGAGAUGUAUGUAUGUAUUUCUUGAUGAUGAUGAUGCUGUGAGGAAUCUCUGUACUUGGUAACAAGAUUGAUUGUUGUUUAGUUUGUUUGUACAUCGAUUCAAUUCUUUUGGAUGAAUAAAAAUAGUUUGUUAGGAGGUUUAGUUUGAAAUGUAAAAGCUAAAAAGCACCAGCUCAGUUCAGAUCAUGUUGUUUAAUGCAUAUAUGAUUAAGAAGUAUUCUAUUACCCUAUUUGCUAAUUUAAUUGAGAAUUUUGCAUUUUA